AUGUUUAAUUGUAAUUGGAAGAAUAUCAAAAUACAUGAGUUAAAUAAAUUAGAUGGUCAUUGUGGAAGAGUCAAUUAGGUAUGCUUUUCUCCAGAUGGUAAGUCAUUAGCUUCUUGUAGUGAUGACAAUUCGAUUAUCUUGUGGAAUGUUAAAACAGGAAAAAUAAAGUCUAGAAUCAAAGUAAAGGAAGAAGUAAGUUAAGUAUGCUUCUCACAUAAUAGAAGUACAUUAGCCUUCAGUAGUGGAAAUUUUGUAUAUUUAUGGAAUCUUAAAACAGGAAAAUAAAAAGCCAAAUUAGAUGGUCAUUCAAGGGAAGUUAAUUCAAUUUGUUACUCUCCUGAUGGUACUACAUUAGCAUCUGGUAGUUCAGAUUGUUCUAUCCGUUUAUGGGAUGUUAAGACAGGAUAAUAAAAAGCCAAAUUAGAUGGCCAUUCUAAUACAGUUUAUUCAAUUUGUUACUCUCCUGAUGGCACCACAUUAGCAUCUGGUAGUGAAGAUAAGUCUAUCCGUUUAUGGGAUGUUAAGACAGGAUAAUAAAAAGCCAAAUUAGAUGGUCAUUCAAAUACAGUUUAUUCAAUUUGUUACUCUCAUAAUGGAAAUACAUUAGCAUCUGGUAGAUGA